AUGGCAGCUACAACGCUCACAACGUCCAUUCUCCCAACCUCCACACUGGAGGUGGAGAAUGGUCGUACCGCUAUCAACAACGAGUUCAUUUACUAUGGCAGCCACGGAAAAGCCAUUUUGAUAGGUCUCGCAGCCACCGUUGCGAUUCUCUUCCUCAUCGUCUUAUGCAUGGCAUGCUGCUGGCCGAAAGAGAAGAAGAAAAAUGAGCGAGGAGCAUACGUGACCACUACUUAUCGGAAUGGGACUGGAAAUAAAGGGAGCCCGAGAUUGCCUUCCAACUCCACUGGUAAACAGGCGCAUGUGUCCAGUGGUCGUAAGCUGGAGUCGCCGAGGAACCAAUUUCCUACUGUCGUGGAAGAAGUUAUGGAAAGCAUCCACCAGCUGCGCUUGGAACUACCUACGACGGUUGAUGAGCCCGGCCUUGGAGAGUCGAUCGCCCACGGAAACGACGUUGUCAGUAAGAAUAUUCUCGGCUUACCAAGUGCAUCCUCGAAAGGCGCCAUCUUGUCACAAUAUAUGCCAUUGCAGAAGGACGCUGAUCACCUUCUGGAAACCUACUUCGGAAGUGGCACGUUUGUGCAACCUUUCAUUCAUACAAGACAGUUCCAACGAGAAUACCACACUUUUCAAGUUGAAUACUUUCAAGCAGCUUCAGCAUUUUGGCUGAGUACCCUUUUCUCUAUCUUCUCAAUCGCUGCGUUAGUUCACGAAGGAGCAGCAGGAAAGAAGACAGCGCAGACACCUAGCUGCGAGUUUUAUAAUGCUGCAGGAAAGCUUUUGGCGCUUGGUGAUUAUCAUGAUACGCAGCGAGACGCUCCGGAAGCGUUGUUACUGUACGCCCAUUGCAAAAGCCUCAGAAGUCUGGAUCCCAACCGCGAAUGUGGCGCCAUCAUCUGUACGGCUGUACGGCAUGCAUACGAACUAGGAUACCAUCGCGAUCCCGAUACCUUCGGCAAGUUCACAGUUUUCGAAGGCGAGAUGAGAAGACGCUUCUGGGCUUGUUGCAAGCAGGUGGAUACCAUGGUGUCUUUCCAACUUGGGCUUCCCAAUAACAUUAUCCUCGAAAAUUGCGAUACCAAGUCUCCCUCAAACUUACUGGACUCUGAUUUCGACUUCGACACUCAAGUUCUUCCCCAAGCUCGACCAGAGAGUGAGCCAACCCCAAUUCUAUGGUUCAUUGUCAAAGACAGGUUGAUGCCUGUAUUCGCCAAAAUAUGUCAAGCCGCGCUAUCUUUGCGUGUCAAGAGUGAGACGGAAAUCAUAGAGUUAGAAACGGAGACGAGAAAAGCAUAUGCGACAAUCCCGAAUAUCCUACGAUGGCGUUCAGUAUCCGAAUCCAUUUCUGACCCACCCUUCUUGGUCAUGUGUCGAUUCUUCCUCGAGCUUCUGUUUUUGAAAAGCUUAUGCAUCUUGCACCUGAAGAACAUG